UCCCAUGCGCCGCCACCUGUGAUUACGGCUGUGAUAGGGCGACAGGUAAAUGCAUCAGGUGUUAUACUGGUUACUAUGGUGACAUGUGCGAGGGUGUGUGUAACGCCAACUGUAAUGGUGGUUGUGACAGAGAGGGGGCUAAAUGUUACAGCUGCAUAAUCGGUUUUUAUGGUGACGAAUGUGAGCAUGAAUGUAAUUCCAACUGUUAUGGUGGAUGUGACCGGAAGGGAGGAAAAUGUAACAGCUGUAAAACUGGUUUCUAUGGUGAAACGUGCGAGAACUCGUGUAAUUCUAACUGUAUUUCCGGAUGUGACAGACUAGAUGGUAAAUGUGACAGUUGUGUCAAUGGUUACUAUGGAGAUACGUGCAAUGAAAUCUGCAGUUCAACAUGUAAAUCUGUUGUCGGUAAAAUAACUCCUAUUUGUUACCAGUCCAAUGGAACGUGCAUUGAAGGAUGUCAACCCGGUACAAGGGGAGAUAACUGUGGAGAUGAUUGUGAACAUGGUUACUAUGGUGAUGGCUGUUCUAGUAAUUGUGGUAAAUGUUAUGAUAAUAAAGAGUGUGAUUCUGUUACUGGCAAUUGUGGUAUAGAGGGAUGCAAGGAUGGUUUUACAGGACCAAAAUGUGACAUCGAGGCUGGAUGUGAGGAUGGGUAUUAUGAAGAUCCAGGUAACUCGUGUACUGCAUGUAGUAAGAACUGUCAACUAGGCACCUGCAAUCCUGUUAACGGAUAUUGUACUUAUGGUUGUAUAGCUGGAUAUUACGGUAAUAACUGUGAACAGAAAUGUGAUACAAAAUGUUACAUGGAUUCAUGUUAUCCUGAUACGGGCAGAUGUUACGUCUGUAAAUCUGGUUGGUAUGGUGACAUGUGCGAUCAAAGAUGUAACUGUCGCAACGGAUGUAACCGAGAGAACGGAAGAUGCAACUGUCAGACACAUCAUCAUACCAGUAGUCAAAUAAGUUAUUACGGAUCUUCGUGUCGACAGAAAUGUAGUGAAUACUGUUUCUACGGGUGUGAUAAAUAUAGCGGUAGGUGUCACACGUGUGUUGAAAAGAAAUAUGGCGACAAUUGUGAUAAGAAUUGUUCAAAUUGCCACCAAUGUUACAACGAUCAAGAUGGUGGCACCUGUGAUAGUUGUGAAGCCGGGCAAUACGGAGAUAAAUGCGACUUAAAGUGUCCUGAAGGUUGUGAAGGUGGUGUAUGUUCAAGAGAUGGCCGUUGCCAUAGUUGUAAGUUGGGUUACUAUGGUGACCAAUGUACUGCCAGUUGCCCCAGUAACUGUCUAGAUUCCUGUGGUAGAAUUGACGGAAAAUGUAAGGAUUGUAAAUUUAAUAUGGCCGGCGACUUCUGCAAUCUUACUUGUAGCGAUAGAUGCUUAUUGCGGCAAAAUCAAAGGCGGUGUUAUCAAAAUGGUACAUGCGUACUGAAAUGUGUUGAUGGUUUCUAUGGUGAAAUGUGUAAUAUGCCAUGUAGUUCUAAAUGUGAUUACGGCGGAUGUGAUCAACAAACCGGAAAAUGCAAUCGGUGCAUUAUGGGUUACUAUGGUGACACAUGCAAUAUGCUAUGCAGAACUACGUGUGAUGGAGGGUGUAAACAAUCGCUGGGUGAAUGUAUCAAAUGUCAUAACGGUUACUAUGGCGCCAACUGCGAAAGGUUAUGUCGUGUUACAUGUGAUAGGGGAUGUGACAAAGAAUCCGGUAAAUGUAACUACUGUCUCCGUGGUCACUAUGGCGACGACUGUAGCAUAUUAUGUAGAGUGACGUGCGUUGGCGGAUGUGACAAAAUAGCUGGCAAAUGUAACAGCUGUAUGCACGGACACCAUGGUGACAAAUGUAAUAGGUUAUGUAGAGUUACGUGUGAAGGUGGGUGUGACAAAGUUACUGGUAAAUGCCGUGAGUGUUUGAGCGGUUACCAUGGAGACACGUGUGAUUUAAAAUGUGAUAAACAUUGCAUUUGUGAAAAGGACAACGGGAAAUGUAUAACGUGUAAGACUGGUUACUAUGGUGACAGUUGCGGCUACAAAUGUAGCUCCACGUGUGAAGAUGGAUGUGAUAGGACAAGUGGAAAAUGUAUAAAAUGUUAUGACAGUUACUAUGGUGACAGGUGCGAGGAGGUGUGUAAUUCCAAUUGUCAUGGUGGUUGUGAGAGAACGGGGGGUAAAUGUAACAGCUGUAAAACUGGUAACUAUGGUGACUACUGUAAUGAAGCUUGUAGUGCAAAUUGUAAAGAGGUAGACGGUACAACGACUCCGGCCUGUUUCCAGAAGAAUGGAACCUGUACUGACGGAUGCCAACCUGGCAGAAGGGGAGAUUACCGUGAGAUAGAUUGUGAAAAUGGUUACUAUGGAGAUGGCUGUUCUAGCAAUUGCGGUAACUGUUAUGAUAAUACACCAUGUGAUGUCGUCACUGGUAGAUGUGGUGCGGUAGGCUGCCAAGAAGGAUUUACAGGGCCAAAAUGUGACGUCGAGGACGUUCUGUAUACUGGUUGAAGACCAACUAGUUCGAGACUACCAGUGUUAUAUAUUAUCCCGCGUAGAAUGAAGUGAAGAGUGGAAUACUGAAACUGGAUCCAUCCUUCUGUCCGGCUUUCCUUCCGUUCUCGUCGUUUUUUUCGGGGCAUAUCUCAUAAACCGUCCAAGAUAUCUUUAUAACACAUGAUACGACAUCAACUUAAACAUACAUUAUGCAAGAGCUAAAUCUGCCUAUUGCAGGUCUUUCUUUAAGCCUAAAAUGAUAUCUAUAUUAAAAUUAGACAUUAAUUAACUUAUCCAGACCAUAAUCAACUCUCGAUGUCAUGGCUAGCCUGCUAUGUUUACUGGAUUUGAAUCCGAUAUACUGCUCAACGCUCAUUGAUUUAAUCAAUUUAAAAGUGGAUAAUCGAGGCUAUUUUUUUUAUCGUCCCGACGUUUGUAAUGAUGAUCGAGGCUAGGCCUAAAAUUCAAAAGCAAAUAUCUCGAUUCAGAGUGGAUCAAUUUGACUGAAAUUUUCAGCAAAUUCCCUUUACAUUAUCUAGUUAUUAACUAUUAUAGUGAGAACUGUCAGCUCUUUAUCAAAUCUUCCAUAAUACCCCUUUAAUAUAGAAAUUGGAGAGUUCUCGGAAUUAAUCACCAUGGAAACAGAUGUGACUUAGUGUUUGGUAUAUAAUUAUUAUUCUGGAACAGAAGCGAUUCAUUAUGUCAUUAUAAAACUUUGUACAUGUCUAUUAAAAUAGUUAGCUGAUUUGACAAUGCGGGGAUCCACGACCGAAUAGUUAGCGGAUGCGCGCUGUAUGGUCUGUCAUUGAGUCAACUGGCGUGGUUUCGAUUUCCCGGUUGUACGUGACAAGGAGUAGGGUCGCCUGUACAUCUUCGUGGGUUUUCUCCGGGUCCUCCGGUUUCCUCCCACGGCUAAGCGAAUUAUUGAAAUAAAAUUAAACCAUAUGUUAGUCCCGAAAUGACCUAUUUUGUGUCGAGUGGACGGUAAACCCCAUUUCUUUCUCUCUGAUUUGACAAUAGUUUAAUACAUGUUGUGUUUCUUUGAAAACACAAUAAACGUAGUUUUUGUAUAUUAUAUAUACAUUUACAGCGUAUUAUUCUGGAACACAUCCCCGGAACCAUUCAAGACCUUUGUGAAUCUUUAUGAAUUUUUGUUCCAAAUUGUAACAUCUAGAACUAACCAUUUAAACAUACAGUCUGCAUGAGCUAAAUCUGCCUAUUGCAGGUCUUCUUUAGGCCUUAAAUGUUUUCUAAAUUAUUAAUUAGACAUUAAUUAACUUAUCCAGGCCAUAAUCAACUCUCGAUGACAUCGGAUUUCUUCGAUAUUAAACAGAUUAGAACAGUUCAGCCAUAUUUUGAUUUAAGCUAAAAUAAAAUGGAGGUGCGAGACUUAGCUUCGAACAACCAGUACGGUGGUUGAAAUUAUUACACACGUCUUGUCAAAUUAUUCAUUUUACAUUAUCUAGUUUUUAACUAUUAUAGUGAGAAUUGCCAACUC